GGCGACAGAUCAUACGACGUGAGCUGUCAGCUGUAAUAAUUUUUGUUUCUUUGUGUUUAUUACGCGUUUUAAAAAUGUUAUGAUCGCGAAAUUAACGCGAACAUGGGUGCGAAAGACUCAAAACCAAGUUUUAUAUCCUAUGAAGAUGCUGUGAAGCGAGUCUCUGAUAGUGAGUUGAGACGUAUUCGCGAGGCAUUCAAGAGAUGUGCCGGUGCGAAUGGGACGGCCUUGAGCUUGGAGGCGUUCGUCCGCGAGGUGCUGUGCGACGGAGUGCCGUAUGAGGUCGCAGAGUGGCUAUACCAGGCCUGCGGAGGCACCAAGCGGGGGAUCGCCUUCAGGGAGCUGCUGUGCGGGAUCGUCGUCCUCACCAAAGGCAACAUAGAGGAGAAAAUCAAGUUCUUAUGGACGCUGUAUGUGAAUAAUCAGAGUGAUAAUGGGACAUAUAUGUAUAAAAGGGAUUUCACACAUGCCCUUCACUUUGAGAAUUCAUCACUGCCAGUGACGGGAGCUGAGAGGACAGCUGAGAUCUUGACAAGUUUGUUUGGGUGUGGUGAUAAAGUGACAUAUGAACAGUUCCGAUCAUGGCUACUGAUCCACAAAGAUGCCACGGUGUUGUCCAAGUGGUUGCUGUCAGAGCGUGCCAACAUGGUGCAAGAUCUGGAGACCCCCACCUUCUAUCAGAGUUUAGCUGGAGUCACACAUCUGGAAGAAAGAGAUAUAAUAGAACUAGAGAAGUGCUUCUGGUCGCUCCGCAACGCGGCGCCGACGGGGCAGCUGGACGCUGAGAGCGUGACGCCGCUGCUGUCGCCGCCGCUGCCGCGCGCCGCCGUCACCGGCGCCUUCCUCGCCUUCGACGAGAACCGCGACGGACACGUGGACUUCAAGGAGCUGUGCUGCGGGCUCAGUGCUGCCUGUCGCGGCCCGAGGGCUGAGCGGCUUAAAUUCUGCUUCAAGAUCUUCGACCUUGACCGGGAUGGUGUGCUCAACAAGAAGGAACUUAUCGACAUGGUCGGCAUACUCUGCACUGUCGCUAAUGAGUCGCUCAAGAACAAUUCCCGGGCGUCGACCCCAUCCGACGGCGAGUCAGAGAGCACGGAGAAAGGUUUCGACCCGGAGGUGGUGCUGGUGAACCUGCGGGAGAAGCUGGUGGCGGCGCCGGCGCACGGGCGCAAGCCCAUGUUCCAGCUGGGGCCGGCCGCUGACUGCGAGCCUGUCUUCACCGAGGAACAACCCCCGCAAGAGAGUGAGGGUCUGAUCGCGAAUGACACAGUGCUCACACUGGAAGACUUCCUCAUAUGGAGCGUAGAGAGCGCGGAUGCUCUGGUCACCCCGUUCCUAGAACUGCUGUUUGAAGUCUGCCAUAUCGUGCUCGGGCUGCGACCGCAGUGCAAACAUCAGGAGAGGGAUAUUGUUCUGGGCUGGCUACGACGCGAAGUAUCCCGGGGCUACUCGGUGGGUCAAUUCUGGUACCUGGUGGGCGCCGAGUGGUGGUCAUGUUGGCAGCAGUACUGUGCAGCAAGCGCCGCCUGCUGCCGUGCCGCGCCCAGGGUCUUGGACGAUGCCAUCGUGUGUGAUGAGAGCUUCACUAGCAACUCUACGGAAUCAAUGGGCUCUCUGCUAUGGCGGGCGGAGACAGCGUCGCUUGGCAGCGCAGGCUCAAGCAGUGGGGUCAGCUCCGCCGCGCCCCGAGCGCCCAGGCAUCCCGGACCUGUGGAUAACAAGCGGCUACUGGCUCCCAACCUACUGAAGGUCCGCACGCUAACGGGUGAGGGCGGCCACCUGCGCCGCGACGUGACCCUCGCGCAGCACCGGGACUUCGAGCUGCUGCCCGACGCGCUGUGGCGGGCGCUGGCGCAGUGGUACGGCGGACCCGACCCGCUGCCUAGACAGGUGAUAAGACCACCGAACUCCGAUGUUGAGUUGGAGUUGUACCCUUUACAUUUGAAACUGUUGCGUCACAUUGCCAGUCCGCAAACUUCAAGCGUUCCCGUGGCGCCCCCCGCAGGAGCGGGCGCGGGCGCGGGCGGCGCGGCGCUGUACAGCAGCGUGCCGCUGGCGCCGGCGCCGCCCGAGCGCCAGCUGGCCUACACCGCCGCCUUCUCGCGCCUCGCCACCGUCAAACAGGUAUCAGAGUUCCUCUGUCAAGCCCUAGGGCUGGCGCGUGAGGACAUGCGCCUCUGGUCUCUGGGCAGCAAUACAGUUCUGCUUGACGACGAGCGACCAACGUUACAAGAACUCAAAUGUGAUGAGAGGACCAGACUGCUCAUAGAGGUUCGCAAUGCUGACCUCACCUGGCCAGAGGAGAUUGGAGCGCUGAGCAUGUCUGCGGGCGGCGGGCGCGCCACGGAGCGGCGCGAGACGCUGAUCGCGCCCAACCUGCCCGGCGCCACCGGCCUGCACAACCUGGGGAACACCUGCUUCAUGAACGCCGCGCUGCAGUCCGUAUGGAACACCGGUCCCCUAACGAGGUACUUCAACUCGGGCAUGCAUUUAUACGAAGUGAACACAACCAACCCGCUCGGAACCAAAGGAGCUUUGGCGUUGCGUUACGGGGAGCUCUGUAAGGAGGUAUGGUCCUGCAGCGCCCGCUCGGUGGCUCCACUCCGGGUCCGGUGGUGCGUGUCUCGCCACGCGCGCCACUUGGCCGGCGGCCAGCAGCACGACGCCCAGGAGCUGCUGGCGUGGCUGCUGGACACGCUGCAUGAAGACUUGAACAGGGCCGUGCCGCCGCCUCAUCCACAGCAUCGGGACUCUGAUGGACGACCUGACCAGGUGGUGGCAGCAGAAGCGUGGGAGGCGCACACGGCUCGUAACAGUUCCAUCAUCACAGAGCUGUUCUACGGGCAGCUCAAGUCGAAGGUGCGCUGCGACACGUGCGGCCGCGACUCGGUGCGCUUCGACGCCUUCAACAUGCUCUCACUGCCGCUGCCCAUGGAGAGCUACGUGCGCGCCGAGAUCAGAGUGAUGUUGCUGGAUGGGUCUGUGCCAGUGAAGUAUGGCGUGCGCGUCAACUCUGAAGGCACCUACCUAGACCUCAAGAAGAGACUGAGCGAGCUCUGCGGCUUGCCACCCGAAUCGAUGCUGCUAGUGGAGCUGUCGGGCGCGACGAUCGGCCGCGUGAUGGACGACGGCGCCAAGAUCUCCGCGCUGGCGGCGGGCGGCGGCGCGCUGCUGGCCUACGAGGCGCCGCAGCAGCCCGCGCCGGCGGGGCCGCACCCACUUGACGACGAGCGAUGCCCGCACACCGAGGAGAGCGGUCCCGCGCCAGCAGCGGCGGCGGAGGUGAGUGUGGGCGGCGCCACUUCCUCACUGUGCAUGCCGGCACUCUUCUGCUUCAAGCGCUCGCGGUCGGAGACGCUGAUGUCGCAGUCGCCACCCAACUCGUUCGCUCACUACACCAACGGGCACCGCUCCACCACACUGCCGCGGGAUUUGUCCGAGUUGAAGAGAUCGGAGCCAGCGGGCCACAGCUCCCCGACCCUCAGCGUGAAGUCCCUGCCCCCGGGCUCCCCGCGCCUGCCCCGCAAGUCUGACUCGUCCCCGGGCAGCAUGCAGCACAUGAACCGCCGACCGCUCGAUCUGUGUGCACAACCGGUACACUACCUCGUGGCUGUGCAUAGGAAGCAAUGCCGCGCAGACGCGUACUUCCUGCCGUCGCAGCGCUGCAAGCCGGCGCUGUUCGGCGUGCCGCUGCUGGUGGCGCUGCAGGAGGGGCUGAGCGGGCGGGCGCUGUACGCGCGCGUCUGGGCGCAGGUGGCGCGGCUGCUGAGUGCGCGCCCGCCCGCCUCCGACCUGCACAACCACGCCACCGACUGCGACGACAGCCUGGGCUACGAGUACCCGUUCACGCUGCGGCUGGUGGCGGGCGGCGGCGCCUGGUGCGCCGCGUGCGGCUGGCCGGCGCUGUGCCGCGGCUGCGCGCUGCCCGCCGACACAGCGCCGCUCGUGCACGGAGUGCACGCCGCUGGCUCGUCCCCGCGGCCCCGCCAGCGGUGCAGCGUGAGCCGCAGCCCGACGGCGGGCGGCAGCUCCCCCGGCGGCCCCGCCGGGCUGCAGCGGCAGGCCAGCGCGCGGCUGCACGACAUAGACCACGACACCGACGACGAAUCACCAGGCGUCCUGCGCCGGCUAGACAUAGACGUGCUGCGGCAAAUGUACCGGCGAGUGCAGUCUUCCGUGCUGAUAGCCAUAGACUGGGACCCCACCGCGCUGCAUCUGCGCUACCAGUCCACACGGGAGAAGGCGUGGGUUGAACACUCGAGCGUGUCAGCGAUGGCCGCGGAGGCUUCAGCAGCGGUGGACCUGAACAGCUGUUUGGCAGCGUUUACUUCGGAAGAGAGACUGGAGGAGCGCUACCAUUGUGCCACGUGCCGCUCGGCGCAGCCCGCCACUAAGAAGCUGCAGAUAUGGCGAGCGCCGCCCAUACUGAUAAUUCACCUGAAGCGGUUCCAGUAUGUGAACAACAAGUGGAUUAAGUCGCAGAAGGUGGUGAACUUCCCGUUCACGGAUUUCGACCCCACGGCGUACCUUGCAGCCGUACCGCAGGAGACGAUCCUGCGGUACAGGGAGCUGUGCAGCCAGCGGCGGCGGUCUAGCAUGUGGCUUGACGAUGCUAUGAGAGAAACGAUAUCGGAGAGCGAGAGCGAGGACGAGGCGCUGCCUCCGGCGGGCGCCCCCCCGGGCCGCGCGGGCCGCCGCGCCUCGCUGGCCCGCGGGGCGCGGCCGCGGCUGGAGUCCAGCUCGCUGCACUGCACGCCCGUCACCGACGACAACCUGCAGGACCACCACCAGCACCGCCUGCUGCCAGAGGUCGACGUGUUCGACCUCAAGUACCGUCUGUACGGCGUGGUGUCGCACUCGGGCCAGCUGUCGGGCGGGCACUACGUGGCGUACGCGCGCAACCCGUCGGGCGCGUGGCUGUGCUACAACGACUCGUCGUGCCGCGAGCUGCCCGCCGCCACCAUCGACCCCGCCUCCGCCUACCUGCUGUUCUACGAGCGCCAGGGGCUGGACUACGAGGCCUACCUGCCCGAUAUCAGAGGUAAGGAACCGGUGGAAACAAACCCGCAUCCCGACGAGAAUGAUCUAAGGAAGAUGUGCCGGUUGAUGUGAACUAAACGAGUGGUGCUCAAGUGAGAUAACAUAGAGUAUUUGUAAAUGGGGUAUAGGUUGAUGCAUCCGAUAUAAAAAAUCUUAUUUAUUUAUUUAUUAAACACACAUAACAAGUAUGAAGAGCCGUGGUAGCCGAGUUGGAAGAACGCAGUGGGAACUGGCAGGUCGCAGGUUCGAAGCCACGGGCCUAAACCAAUGAUUUACGAAUUCAUGUUUGGAUCAUAAAUGACUGUCACGUGCUCGGCGGUGAAAGAAAACAUCGCGUGGAAACCCACGUUCCCGAGAAAUGCGUUUCGGGGUUAUGCGAUUUAACCUGUAUGGUUUUCUCUUCGGGUUGGAAGGUCAGAGCAGUGACGGCCCUAGGGCAGUGCGAGGUGUGCCACCGCACCGGGCGCCGAAAUAGAUGGGGAGCCAAAUUCAACCAACACUUGUUCACCUUGGCCGCAAGCUGGCCAGCUGCUGGCCGUAAACAACAUUUUUUAUUGUAAAGGGCUGAGGGGUGCCAUCUUGAGGUCUUGCACCCCCUAAAUAUUUUACUAGGGCCGCCACUGGGACAGACAAGCAGUCGCUCAUGUAAAAAACCAGACCUGCCAAAUAUUCAGGUUAGGUAAGCGGAUCCCGGGAAAGCGGGAUAAGCUAGAGUAAAGAUGACAUAAUAAGUACUGUACAAAGCAUUAUUUAGAAGCUAUCAAAGCAAGGAUGCCCCAUUUAUGAAUAUUCGUCUCUCGGCUGCAAGUUGUUUUCACGACUUGGCCAUCCCACCCCCAAAGGGAGUGAAAAGACUAUUUAAAGAAUCAUGUCGUAUGUAAACGUUAGAGUGACUAACUGGACACUGUUUAGAUAGGCACAGCAAGAAGGUAUAACGAUAAAUACUGAAAAUUAUCCAAAAUAUUCCAUUUCACAUUUAUAUUUUCGCAAUAGGUCUUAAAAUUGUUGGUUCUGUGAUUUAAUGACUAUUGCAUUUACAGAUGUAAAUCUUUUAUGAAAAUAUAAAAGGUUAAACAUCAAAAACAAAUGAAAUUGAACUCUCAAUUUUGUGUAUAUGGUGCACUAUUUAUGUGAAAAAUCCCGUAGCUAAGGACGCUUUCAAAUAUUGUAUCUUCGGAUUAAUGUAAAUCAAAUUACUGAUAUUUUAUUAUGAAAAGACAUCGAUGUAGAUGUCAAAAUCUUAUUGUAACGACCUUCGGACAUGACGCUACGCAAGUUUGAUACCUGACUGUUAAAUUUCAAACUUUAUAUCAAUCAAUCAAUAUUAUUUAUUGCACAUAUAACAAAACAAUACAAAAAAGAACGCUUUAUUGCACAUGUAAACACGACACUAAAAACAAUAACAAAAGUGACAAGGAGAAGCACAUAAUAGACAGUAACAAAGAUAAAGAUUUUAUCUAUCUAACAAACACAAACACCAAUAUGUAACAACAAAACCAACCAACCUUAUGGUGAUAAAACUCAAUCUAAUGGAACGCAAGAUGGCGCAAUCCAAAAAGAAAGGAAAAUAAUAAACGCCUAAACAUACCAACAUAAACAUAAUAUACCAUAACUAUACAUGUAUAUAAAUUAUACAUCGGCGUCUUAUAGUGAUAACUACGCAAGCUCAUAACAUAACAUAACAUAACAAAUACUUUAUUGCAUAAACAGGAAAAAACAAAACAAAAGAGAAAUAGAAUUAGUACAAUAGGCGGUCAUUUUUAUUUUUAAUCACAUUCGUGAUUUUUAUUAUCAAACCCUCGUAGUAGAGAAGAUUAGUUUUCAAUGUUUUUUGUUUUUAUAGCACUAACAAAAUUAAAUCGAAAAAAUAUAUUGUGUUUUCUCUUUGUGAGCUUAUCUUCAAUUCAUACAAACACAUAAUAAAUACGAUUAGUUAUAAUGUAAUUAUACAACUUCCUCAACGCAAGUGGCGUAUACUAUAUUCGUCGGGUAUCAUAUACUUUCGUAGCGUAUGUAAAGGGCCUAAUAGUAAAACGUAAUGUUUUACAGACCAAACAGUAUGCACUAUAAUCAUGAUUGCAAAAUUCUGUGCAGCAACUUGUUAGAAUCAACAUGCACCUUCGUUAGAACUACAGUUUGGCAACAAGAAUAAAUUAAUCCUAAAAAUAUAUUUCCUAAGUUUUUUUUUAUGAUAAUUUGAUUGAAAUCUACAUGUAAGUGUAGACAUAUCGAUCUAAGAAAUAUUAGUACUCAAUAUUCUCCAUAUAUGGCAUCGGCUUAGUCAGCUAAUCCAUUAAAGGCAAUGUAUUCAAUAUAUAAUUUGUACUAUCUUUUUUACUGCUGUCAACAAGCAGUCUAAACAGACGAACAAGCGGCCAGCCGCAAGUCAUCUGCUUGUUACAUUUAAACGCAAAAAAACAUUAUCUCUUUUUGCGGUAAAAUGUAAAACUAUACAUAUGUAUAAACUUAUACAUCAGAAUAACACACAGGCUAUAAUUUAUAAAGAUACAUAAGCAUGUAUCAUCUAAAUCUCUGUCUACACAUCCUCACAAUCUUUCUGGUUUUAAUACUACUUGGAUAUCUUCUUUUUCUAUUAAAAUGUCAUUAAUUACUUCUCUCUCACCUUAAUCUUGUUGCGUUCUACAUCGAAGUAAGUUUCUUUAAAAAAAAAGAGGUUACUUCUUUUUGCCAAACUGUAAUAAAUUGAUAGAACUGUUUAUGUUGUUCCACUUAAGUUAUGAUAAAGAUAUAAGCUACAUCUGUAGUGAAGAUUCCGAAUUUAGUUGAAGUUUUGUUGGGUUUGUUUGUUAAAUAGUUUGUAAUGCAUUCCUUUGUUGAUGUGUUGGCUUGUUGGUGAAGUGGUAUGGAAGCUAUGUCAGGUCGCUGCGAGUAUGUCAUUAUUUAAUAUUCUUCAUAACCCAUACGUACGAAUAACAAAUAAGUGUCUACAGUUUAGUACUGCUUGAAGUUAUUCUGUAGUCAUCAGAAAAUAUGAAUUAGAGAGGAAAAAUUGGGACACUUUCGAAUAGAUUGGAAUUCUCUCCCUGCGUCAUUAUUUAUUUACAAAUCUCUUUAGUGUUCCAAAAGCUUAUUUCCCUUUUUUUUGUUCUUUCAAACCAAUUUAUACGCUAAUAUAAUAACAUAAAGUCAGGUAGAGUAUGAUAUGUUCAUGAAAUACACGUAGUUAGCAUGUAACUUGGUGUAAAAGAACAAACAAGAACUGCAGACUACUUGUGGCGCCUAAUUGUUCAUGUAAUACUAAUCGAGACUGAUGUGAUGUAGUAUAAUAUUGUGAUGUGCUAUAUUUACUCAUUGACCUAUUUUAUAUUGUAACUAUAAAUAGAUAAAGCUCAGUUAUUUUGUGUCAGUUUAGGAUGGGAAAGGUAUAUUUUUGUGUCAACCCUACUGGCGGGGUUAGGUAGUGUAGCGUAGCGAAGCGAGCAGUGUCGCUUCCAGUAUGUGGAAAUAUUGUGAGUUAGUGAUGAAGAUAAAUUGUAUAGUAUUUUCACUGUCUGUGAAGCGCAAAUGCUAAACGAGAUGUGCCUUGUAUCGGGAUGACGGAUGCCCAAACGUGGAUUGACACAAAAUCACGAGACGUCCAUAAUAUAUUCUCUUACAGGCUAGUGAUGAACACGCGGCCCUAUUUUAUAUAACUGUUAAUAUUAUUCGCGUAAGUUAGUAAUUAUUUGUUCAUUUAAGAGCUAUAUAGUGCAAAUGUGGCUCUAUGCUCAGCCGCUGUGCCACCCCGCUUGGUGAGUUGCGUUAAGUAUUAGUAAUAAUAUUGCUUAGAGUAGAAUUGAUAUUACUCGUAUGAAGGCAGCCAUACACACCUCACUACAGAACACGCGAGUUAUACAAGAUAUAGUUAAUACAAAGUAGUCAUACUGUGAAACUCAAAUAGCUGUAAGUACGUCGUAUGGCUACAGUCGUGCGUGAGCGCAGGGAACUCGUGUCAACUGCGUGUGUCGUAGCCAUGCUACAUUCUUUACAUUUUGUUGAAACUGUGUUAUGUGCCAUUGGUUUUUGGUAACUAAUGAACAACUUAUACACGGCUGCUUACGUUGCAAAACUUAAGUUUUUUUGAUUAUAUUUCUAGUGUAAAACUGCUUGUUUCUUUUGCAAUUUAAGCAUCCCAGUGCUCUGCCUACCCUUGAUAGGCGGAGGCGAUAAGUUUUCUUGUUGCGUUACAAUAGAUUGAUACCAAAGUGUGUGUAUAAAUUAUGAUGUUAUUUUCAAAGAUUCGGUUAGUAAGUAGUUGAAUUAGAUUAUGUUUGGAAUUGUACUGAGUACACGGCGGCGGCGACGCUGCUUGUACGUUAACAAACGCAAAUACAUUCACACAUGUAAACUAUUUUAAUAUAUCCCUGUGCAAUAAACUUCUUUUUUUAUCGAA